AUGUACGGACUGUACAUCGUAUAUGGCGACCGCGAUGGCCCAGUGGGUGUUAAGACAACAACAACUGCGACAGCAAAAGGAACAUCUAAGUCAAGUAAUCCAACAAAAGGUGCAAGUGGUUCCUCUACCUCUUCUACCGUGCAACGUAAAACCACAACGACUGGCUCAACAGCAGCAACCGCCAACCGCGCUUUGGACGAGACGAAGCUCAAGCUAAAGAACACCGCAACGACACGAAGAAAAGAGAUCGUCACCACCGUUAGCAAAAAUCCAAUUCAAAGUGAUGUGGUGAAGCCGUCACAAAAUACCGUCACGAGAAAGACAACCACCAUCACCACCGGGCGAACAGCUACUACCACCAAAGCAGCGCAUAGUCAAGUUUUGCCGACUGCAACUACGAGAAGAACUGUGCCAGCCACGACGAGGAGAAGUGCCAUUACUGAACAACCCAUACGCGCCAAACACAAUCGAGAUGUUGCUAAUGCAGUUAAGAAGAAACCGACCAACGCUAUUAAACCCAAUGCAGUGUUAGAUACGUAUCAUAGCGUCACAGUAGCAUCACCACCACCGCAACGUAAAGAAAUCAGAGCAGAGCCGGCACAUGAAAAUGUUCCACCGAGCAAAACCGAAAGAAACGGCGCUACAGAGUCAACUGACGACGACGCAGUUUCGAAGAAUCUCGAAGAACACCCUAAACGUGUGCGCACACACUCUUUGAAGGAGGAAGACAUUGUUGUUUUACGCAGCGACUCAGCUAAGCGGAGAAUAGAGCAGCAGAUACUGGCAGAUGGUGCCAUUGCUAAAGAGACAAAUUACCUAAAAUUAGAUACUGAUGAAGUGAUAACACAUAGCGGGGUUGUUAAAGAACCGGUUGCAUUUGAAGUUGCCUUCGAAGAACCGGCGAGCAGUAAGUCAAGGGCGAAAUCGCGUGAUCCCUCCGUAAUACGCAGCAAAGCAAGAAUAGCAGAGGUUACAAAAGAGCCAGAGGUGGAUAAUUAUUCUGACGACUUUGAAUCAUACGAAUCGGACUUUGAGACCAGCUCGUCUACGCAAAAUAAUUCGGUUGCGGACAGCGAAAGCGAUACAUCGCCUAACAGCACUGAUGAUGGGGAGAAUAGUAAAAGUAUUACUGCCACAACAUCAGAUGAGGACGAAACGGGUAGUAAUCAUGAAGCAGCCGUUAAUGAUACCGACUGCGAGGAGGAAUCUGAAUUAACACAAUUUCCCGUAACGGUAAUACAACGCGAUAAAGAAUAUGAGCGCAAACUAGAUUCGGGCAACUAUGAAAUGAACUCACGUAAACAUCCUAAACUUGCUGAACUCACUACACAAAUAAAUGAGAAGCAUUUCGAUAGCAUGGACACCUCUUACAGUGUCGCGUCUACCGAUCAGCUUGAUUCGGGCAUCAGCAGUUAUGCGCAUGCGCACAGCACUCCAGGUGAGGUCGAUAAAUACGGUGGCAUCGUAUGCACUUACGGCGGCUAUGCUCACUUCAACACACGACCCAUCUUGCGCAAACGCGGCAUCGAGCUUAUGAAUAAAAUUCAAUUUGAUACUCUAACAUUUUCGCUGUUCGAACUGAAACCCAUCAGCUAUGACGUUUACAUGCAGACCUACGGUACACUCAAUACUACGCAAUGCUCGACGCAAACCAAUGAUAAUCGCAUGUCGAGCGAAUGUCAAACGGACAGUUAUGAUAUGCGCACGAUGUGGACUCAACAUCCACCACAGUAUGACCUGCAAACAGUGCAAAAAUUCGGCACAGGCAUACAUGGAGCAUUGGCGAUACAAAACUGUUGUGGCGAAUCGCCAAUGGAAGAAUACAAGCCAACGCCGAGCACGGAUAAGUACGACAUCAGCUUACAGAAGCUAGAAGUAUUUCGACAGAAUAAUAAUGAUCGCUUAGUCAGUGAACAGCUUAAAGGUCUACACAAACCCUUAGACUUCGAGCGCUUAAACUCGUUUCUUCUGCGCUCUGCCGUACUCAUGUCUAAAGUGUUGAACUCUGCGCAGGAUAGUAGACAAGAAGCGCGCCUACAUAAACUGACACCGAACCAACAUAGCCUCCAAGAAGUAAGCGAGGGUUAUAUGCGUCUAGAAACAAAACUCUUAAAUGCACUACGCGUAGUGCGUGUAUUUGCUAGUGCUCGGCAUGAGCUCAUCAUAACAGUGCAUACAAGUACACCCGAUGCAGACGUUUAUCGCGCCGAUUUCUCCCACCUGCUAAUGGUUUGGUCUACCAGUGAUGGCACGAAACCCUUACGCCUGCUCUCCACGUGGAGUGAGGUUUGCCGUGUCGAGAUCUGUCAUGACAGCGCGGACAUUGUAGUGUGUGGUCUGCAUGAUGGCAGCAUAGCCAUGUGGGAUCUACGCGAAACAUACUCGUUUUGUUCGAAACUAGACGGUUAUCUCACGCACUUUGCGGCAACGCAGUCUGUGGUGCCCGUGUGGAGCCCGAGCGCAGACUCGUCGCAGCGUCUCAGUGAUCUCGGCGCUGUUGUGGACGUUAGAAGCUUUCGUACGCCGCAAAAAGUACUAGCGCUGGGCACAUAUCGCUCAAUACAGUUCGCCGCACUCAACGACAGCGGCAUCUUAUCGAGUUGGACAUUGGUGGAGGCGUGUACAAAACAACGUGAAUUCGCAACAACGCUACCGACUGACACCCACCGCACUCGCAAGCGCAACACUGUGACACCGUCUAGCAUACGCUUCGAGUACAGCUCACCUUGGGCGCGUGUCAAAUUAAUUCAAAGUGCCAUUUGCGAUUUACGCGAAUACUUGGAGCGCGGCUUGCGUCGCACACAAACCCAAUUUGAAAUGACAAAGCAACUGUUUCAGAAGGAAAUCUACAGUGAUGAGGUGUUACGCGAGCUUCACGGCACCAAAUCGGCACAGCAACAGCGUCAACAACUGCAGGGUUUACGUUUUACAGGCAUCGAUACGGGUUCCGAGCGCAUCUACGUUUGCACGAACCGUAAUUUUGUGCUGGCAUGCUCGAAGAGUCUGAAAGUCGAACGUUUUCGCAAAAUAAACAUUAACGAGAGCGAACUGCUCUUCGCGACCGCUCUACAGGUACUGACGAAUGAACAUUUUCUCGCUGUUGGUCUAUCAAAUGGUUCCGUGAUGAUUGUCAAUUGCAAUCAACAGAAAGUGACACAACAACAACGUAAUAUCACAGGCGGCGGACGUUUGGAGACGGCGAGUUCUAUGAGCAACAGCACAAUGUCGAAACUAAACACGCCAGCAACGCCUGAUAUCGAUCCCAUUACUGGUAAAUCCUGCGCCAUACAAAAUAUAAUACUAAACGAAAGACGUCAACUGAGCACAGCAGACGACAAUAAUACCUUUCCAUCCGAAUAUGAAAUGCGCCCCUCCACAGCUGCCUGCAUUGCUUUGAUUAACAAUCAAAAGCGUCCCUUUGAAUUACGCAUUUAUGAUCAGCAAAUCAUAUUGAGCGGCUCAGCGCUGCGUAAGGAUUUGGUGCAAUCGCUGGCGCUUUCGAGUGAUGGUUGGCGCCUCUUUGCGCUCGUGAAUGGACGAAUACGAACGUACGACUUUUACUUGGAUCGCGAGAUCGAUGGUCAUUCGGUGGAGGAAAACCCAUAUGAGCAGCGUGUAAUGGAUAUAGCGGUGGCCAAAAGCUCACAAACUGCAAAUCAUCUGAUAGUUUUGGAUGAGGAGAACGACGUAGAAGUGCACUUAUUAAAGCAAUAGGCAAAAGUAGUAAUAAAAUGUGAGAAAUUAAAUGUAGAUUGUGGAAAUACAUAAUGGUUUUAGGUUCAAUGAAUGAGAA